UCAGACGCCGGGGCGCGGGCCGAAGGCCGCGGGGUUGCAGCUCCUUGGAGAAGCGUUAGACCGGGACGCGGGGAUUUGGGGCGGUGCUGGGGGCGGCAGUGCGCCGCUCACACUCAUGAGGAGCCGGAAGCUCACAGGUGCAGUGCGGUCUUCAGCGCGCCUCCGAGCCCGCCGCUGCUCAGCCAGGUUGGCCUCUGCCCGGGAAGCCGGCACCGCCACGUCUGCCAGGACAGGAUGUCAGACUUCGUCACACAAAGCCGCCGACAGGCGAACUUCCAAGAAGUUCAAGUAUGACAAAGGUCAUCUCCUGAAAUCAGAAUUACAGAAACUUGUCCCUAAGAGCAAUAGUGUUGCUUUGCCCAAGAUACCACCCGAGAGCCCUUGUGCCAGUAAGACUCUGGGGUUUGCUGAAGACCACGUGCUGCCUCCAGGAAAAGGAGCUGGUGCUCUGGCCCAGCCGGAGGCCGCGGGGCCCCCCCUUGGGCCCUGCACCGCUGUGGGUGCCGCCGGUCCAGCAGGGACCGAAGACGGCCCACGCCUGCCCACACCCGGGGCUCUCACAGGAGAAGAGCCUCCCAGCAGCCGCACGGCACGGGCGCCGCCGGCAGAGCAGGGCCCCAGGCCCCCACUGCAGACAGAUGACAGCGUCUUUCUGGAUGAGGACAGCAACCAGCCGAUGCCGGUGGGCCGGUUCUUCGGAAAUGUGGAGCUCAUGCAGGACCUUCCACCGGCGUCUUCGUCUUGUCCUUCAAUGAGCAGACGAGAAUUCAGGAAAAUGCAUUUCCGAGCCAAAGAUGACGAUGAUGAUGACGACGACGGGGCAGAAAUGUAGAGAAUAAAGCACACGGUGAUUCCCUUGCACAUUUAAUAACAGUUACUAGUUUGACAGUUUAGCAAGUGAUGAAAUUCAUAUCAGGUUUAUCUCCCAAGAAAAUGUAUUUUUAACCAGACGUUGCAGCGGACGCGUAGAAGUCCUCGUGCGGAACACCACGUACCUGGAGCGUUCGCGCUCGUGACCCAGAACCGUCUCGGACAGCCCAGCCUCUGCUCCCACGCACAUCUUGUGUCUGUGUACGUGACGACGGCUCAGGGCUCACCGGAGACCUUCCUGAAGAAAACUUCCCACUUAAGCUCUUUAGUUUUGAUAAUACGCAAGUUUAUUUUCCAUUAUCAAAAUUGGAUCAUACUUGCGAUUAAGUCAAUGCCAGUUCUUAAAGAACUCUCCUUUAUUUCUGUAUAUGAAGCUAAUGUUUACCUUGGAAAUUUUGCAAAAUACAUGUGAGAAAGAAAUAAAAUAUAUUUUGAAAAUA